AUUUCCUAGCUCUUUUCUUUUCUCUUGUAUAUUAGAGCAUAUAAUUUAGAGGAGGAGAACGUACGUUCUAACUAUUGCAGAAUAACAAAUCCUGCCUCCAACAAAGGGGAACAUACAUAAAAAGGGUCCUCACUGUUUCAAUUUUUCAUUCUUUUCUUUAGGGAAGUCAUGCAAGAAAAUUUACUGAGCAGGUUAACCUAGCUUUGUCCCUGCCAAUAAUCAGCUGAAGGUAUUAUUGUUAUUACUGGGACUUUCUUCAAAAAUAUCAUGGAGCAGACAAAUCCUAAAGCAAACUUUUCCAAUUUUCCUAUAAAUGGGGUAAGCAGAAAUCAUGUGGUGACUAUCAUGCCUGUACCAGCUAAGAAGCUGGUGAUUAAGAAUCUAAAAAGUACACCUGAAUUGCCAGAAGAUUACAUGAAUCAAACAUGGAAAAAAUUGAAAGGUGCAGUCGUAGCCAUACAGCAGUCGAAAGCCAACCAGUAUUCACUCGAAGAACUGUAUCAAGCAGUUGAAAAUAUGUGCAAUCAUAAAAUGGCAUCACUUCUCUAUAAAAAAUUACAAAGCCUCAUUGAAGUCCAUGUUUCUCGCAAUAUUGAACAGUUUGUGGCAGAGUCCAUGGAUCGUUAUUUAUUUCUUAAAAAAAUGAAUGAAACUUGGCAAGCUCACUGUCAACAAAUGAUCAUGAUCCGUAGUAUUUUUCUUUACUUGGAUCGUACCUAUAUCCUGCAAAAUCAUAUCUCUUCCAUUUGGGAUAUGGGACUGGAAUUAUUUGGGAAAUAUAUACUUCUUAAUACUCUGGUACAAACUCGUGUUGUAGAAGGACUGUUAAUGCUCAUUGAGAAGGAACGACAAGGAGAUCAGGUGGAUCGUUCCUUGCUCAAAUCUUUGCUUAGGAUGCUUACCGAUCUAUCGAUAUAUAACGUGUCAUUUGAACAAAAAUUUAUUCAAGCCACAGAACGUCUCUAUGCUGCUGAGGGACAAUGUCUUAUGCAAGAAUUAGAAGUACCAGAUUACUUAGUACAUGUGGAUAAGCGUCUUGCAGAAGAAAAUGAACGAGUUUUGCAUUAUUUAGAUUCUGCAACUAAAUAUCAAUUGAUCCAUACUGUGGAAAAGCAGUUGUUAAGGGAACAUGUCUCUCAAAUCUUACAAAAAGGUCUAGAUCAACUCCUAACAGAAUAUAGAUUGACUGAUUUAGGCCUUCUUUAUGAUCUUUUAAGUCGCGUAAAGAAUGGAAUAGUAGAAUUAUGUUCAGCCUUUAACGCUUUUAUAAAAAAGCGAGGCAAAACCAUUGUUAUUAACCCUGAAAAAGAUAAAUCAAUGGUGCAAGAACUAUUGGACUUUAAAGAUGACAUGGAUACUGUUGUAACCAAAUGUUUUCAUAAACACGAACGUUUUACUAACUCUUUAAAAGAAGCCUUUGAAAAUUUCAUCAACCAGAGGACAAAUAAGCCAGCUGAAUUAAUUGCUAAAUUUAUCGACUCUAAAUUGAGAGCUGGUAACAAAGAAGCUACCGAAGAAGAACUUGAACGUUUACUUGACAAAAUAAUGGUAUUGUUUCGGUUCAUACAUGGAAAAGAUGUUUUUGAAGCUUUCUAUAAAAAGGAUCUUGCGAAACGUUUACUAGUCGGAAAAUCUGCUAGCGUUGAUGCGGAAAAAAGUAUGUUGAGUAAAUUGAAACAGGAAUGUGGUGGCGGGUUUACGUCUAAACUAGAAGGAAUGUUUAAAGAUAUGGAGUUGAGUAAAGAUAUAAUUCAGGCGUUUAAACUCGUCCACACUAGCAAUAAGAAGCUUUCUCAAAUUGAUAUGACUGUUAGUAUUUUGACAAUGGGUUAUUGGCCGAGUUAUCAACACAUGGAAGUUUCUCUACCUGAAUAUAUGGUUAAAUUGCAAGAUGUAUUUAAGGAAUUUUAUUUAAAUAAGCAUAGUGGACGUAAAUUGCAAUGGCAACCAACAUUGGGCCAUUGCGUCUUGAAAGCUAGAUUCAAUUCUGGACCAAAAGAAUUAGUUGUCUCCUUAUUCCAAAGUUUAGUGCUACUUCUUUUUAACGACUGUGAUGAAUUAAGUUUGGAAGAUAUAAAAGUUGCCACAAAUAUUGAAGAUGGAGAAUUACGAAGGACAUUGCAAUCUUUGGCUUGUGGAAAGGCUAGAGUGUUGUUGAAAACCCCUAAAGGCCGGGAAGUGCAGGAUGAAGAUCAUUUCAAAUUCAACGCAGAAUUUGUUAACAAGUUGUUCCGAAUCAAAAUCAAUCAAAUUCAAAUGAAGGAAACUACUGAAGAACAGAAGGCCACAGAAGAAAGAGUAUUCCAGGAUAGACAGUACCAAAUUGAUGCAGCAAUAGUUAGAAUAAUGAAGAUGCGAAAAAGUCUUACUCAUAAUUUGUUAAUUAGUGAAUUAUAUCUUCAGUUGAAAUUUCCUGUGAAGCCCGCCGACCUAAAAAAGAGAAUUGAAUCGCUUAUUGACCGUGAUUAUAUGGAAAGAGACAAAGAAAACUCGACCCAGUACAACUAUGUUGCCUAAUGUGAUUGACUGUUUCUUUGUCUAAUAAUUUUUAUUUUUAUUUUUUUUUUCAUAAUUUCAACCUUUAUAUAAUAUUGUGUUAGUUGUUUUGGGGUAACUUUUUAAAGUUUGUAGGCAUAAGUUUCUGAAGAAGGGAAGUUUUGAGCAAGUUAACUACUUUAACCAAACCUCCUUUGGUUAAAGGAACAUCUAAAAUAGAAAUUUUAGUUAAUUUGAGUUGUGGUGUUGACUAACGACUGAUUAUUAGGACAUUUUGUAAAUUUUAUGAAUUCGAACCUGGUCCACAUUAUAUCAGACGUUUUAGAAAAAUGUUUAUUGUUAAUUUUAGUGUUUUAUAAUUUAUACCACAUCUUUAUUUAUGGACUACAUAAUAUUCUAUUAUGCUAAUGUAUAUAUUUUUGUCUUAUUUAGCUGCCUCCGUAUUGAAAAAAAAAAUUAAUAUUACAACUAAGAUGAAAAUGAAUCAAAUUUUGCAUGUAGAUAGAGGUUUGAGUUAGUUUAAGUGUUUAGAAAAUUAUUUAUUUAACAAAUUAUGUAAAAAAAAUGUUUCACCACUUUAUUAUUACAAACUUUUGUUUCAAUUGAGAUUUUAGAGCUUAAUUCAAAUUUUCUCUUCAAAAACAAAGAUGGC